AUGGCAGAUACCGCAGUUGCAUCUGAAACACCGGCUCCGGCUACGCCUGCGAAGAAACCGAAAGCGUCAGCGGCCGCCGCCGCCGCUGCGGCCGGCUCGAAGAAACCUAAGGCUAAACCUACUCAUCCCAAGACAGCUGAAAUGGUAAACAACGCCAUCAAAGAGUUGAAGGAGCGCAGCGGUUCAUCGUUACAGGCUAUCAAGAAAUACAUCGCCGCUCAAUAUAAGGUCGAUACGGAGAAAUUGGCACCGUUCAUAAGAAAAUAUCUCAAGAGCGCCGUCGACCAAGAAACCGUCGUCGGGGGUGGUGGUGGUGGUGGUGGUGGUAAGGCAAGUGGUGGUUCCGCCGGAACCGGUAGGGCUGCAGCUUCGUCGGCAUCCGUUAAAUCUAAGAAAGCCGCCGCAACGGCAUCGGCGGUGGCAGCGAAGGGAGGUAAGAAAGGCGGUUCCGUAGCUUCGUCGGCUGCAUCUUCGCCGUCCAAAGCUAAAGCAUCGGCGGCAGCGGCCAGGGAUAAGAAAGCGGCCGCAGCCGCAGCAGCAGCUGCCAAAAAGAAGCCGGCCGCCGCUAAGAAAGGUUCCGCAGCCGCGAACGCCUCUGCCGCAUCCUCCGCGACAGCUUCUAAGGCGAAAGGUGCAGCAUCCAAGGCCAAGAAGAGCGCCAAACCUCCCACUAAGAAACCUAAAGCCCCGAAACCGAAGAAAGCAUCCGCCGGUACCCCGAAAUCGAAACCCGCAGCUAAGAAAGCAGCAGCAGCAGCGAAAAAGUAA